UCGUUGAGAGUCAAAGAACUUACUGUAGUUGCUUUAGAGAGUUGGUGUCUUGUGGAGUUGAGAGACGCGUUGUGUCUGUGAGAGUCAGGUACUGUAUGUAAAAGUUUAGUGCUUCCUACACUAACUGUGCUUGUUUGAUUGCUUGCCAAACAUCUUCAGCCAAAAUCAGGCUUUCUCCAGCAAAUUUGAUAGAGAAUAAUGAGUGCCAAACAACUCCUCUUCUACGUCACUGCAGCACUGAUGCUCGAUCAUGAAACCAGAGCUCAAUCAUCGCAGAUUGGCGAUUUUGUAGGACAACUGACCUCACUCCUGAACCAAGGUGGAGGUCUGGCGUCAGCGUUGGGCGCACUGCAAGGUCUGCAAGGCGGUCAGGGCGGAACGCCCGGUGUGUACGCACCCCAACAGGGCGGUUACUUCCAACAAGGACCCGGGCCUGGAGUUCUUGGAGGUCCCGGCUACGGAUUCCCGCCACGUCCACCACCUCCAGGAGGACUACCCCCGGGAGGAGGUUCACCGUUCGGCGGAAUCCCGCCUCCGGGAGGCUAUCCUCAAGGGGGAGGAGUACCAGGAGGCUAUCCUCAAGGAGGAGGAGUUCCAGGAGGAUAUCCUCAACCCCCUGCUUACCCGGGUGCUCUGGGAGGGUACGCGCCAACGUCCCUGUAUGGCGCGUUGGCUUCCAUAGCGCAGUAUGAUGACUUGCGCUGCGUUCCGCGACUUCUGUGUGAAGUGGCUGCCGGCGCCAGGCCCGGCUCCAACAACUACAACAACUACGGCAGCCAAUCGCAGCAGGCCGGGCCAUUCCCGUUCCUCACAAAGGAUGCUGUCGUGACAUUACUGACAGUGCUGAACUUUGUGGAUGACUCUCCGCUGCUGGUUUUCGGGCGAGCGGCCGUUCUGGGCUACACUGCCAGGGGGGAUCCCCGUGCCUGCCUCGUGGCCUACCCCACCUGCCCCAGGGACCCCGACAAACUGGUCGACUAUCUCAACAACCACAACGGCGGAUUCUUCCGAUUCUUCAGCAACCAGCAAAUACCUCAGUAUGCACCUCACUACCAGUACUACCUCAAUCCCCAAGCGCCUCAUCCUCAGAGACCCCCUUACUACCCUCAACAGAGUCUGCCACCUCAGCCUGCUCCUCAUUAUCCUCCUCCUCCUCCUCAACCGCUACCUCCUCCGAACUACUACCGACCGCAGCGGCCGUAUCGUCCUCCUCCCCCUCCUCCUACACAACACAACUACAAUCAGAGGCCCUAUUCGCAGCAGGGCUACUAUCAGGGCAGGAUACAGAAUUUGCCACAAGGAUCCAGUGGAUAUGAUAAUCAAGAUAGCUCAGGAGGCACAACAAAGCUGGUCUUCGCCAACGGUGGCCCAAUUGAACCCGACUACUACGGCACCAACAAUUAUUACGACCAGUCAAACCAGAGCUUUAAUCAACAGGCCAACGAUUACAACAAGUAUGAUGACUACCACAAUAAACAGUCACUCAACAAACAACAUUCAGACAGGAAGAAAGUCAUCUUUCCGGUGACGUCAUCUUACGGCUCUUCAGGCUACGACCAAUCAUCAGCUUCCACAUCAUCACAACAUUCGUAUCACGACGUGAGUGGAGAAAAGUACACAAGAAAUGGAAAAACACUGACUUUUCCAAGUAAGGGGAAUGAGGUUGUUAAAGGUGGUGCACACAUGAUUUUCCCUGAUAGGACGGGAACCGGCGAUUUGAGGUUGGAUGUUGAUGAGUUUGGAGGUUAUAAGACAGUGCAUUAUGCUAGUGAAGAUUACCGGGAUGGUAUUUUUCGCGACCAGCGGGACGCUUUCAAAAACGUCUUGAAGUUUCCCGUGGAAGAGCACAGCACUGGAUCUGGAGACAAUACCAUGACGUUCCCUCGAACACGAUGAGUUGGAAAUUAUAAAUGAUGAGAUAUGCCAAACGGUACGGGACAUAUCUUGUUCGAUUCUCCCCUUUUUUCUUCAUUUUUUACACUCACCACAACCGGGACGAGUGAUAUUUCUUCCGCGUUUGACGUGACAUCCCCAAAGUGUUUCGAGAUUCGUGAGGAAAGUGAUCAUCUCAACCAUAACCUCCAGCAUGAUUCUUUUUUCAGUUGCGUGCCCUCUUUGUCGAGCGGAGCCUCCAUUGUCGCAAACAGCCCUCCUCAAAAUGAAUUAUAGUUCGGUUCGUUAUAAAUUCCUCGAUGCGUGAAUCGACUCCAAAUUCGUAGAUAAUGUCACAGAGGUUAUGACGGAGAAAUUCAUCCCAUCAAUCGAGAAUCAUAAACUCUUUUAUGACAAAAUGUUGGUCAGCAUUCUAAAAUUUGGGAAAAACAACCCUCAUCUACUGAAUUGAAUGGAGGUUUCAAUUGAUGUGAAUCGAAGAAGAAUCAUAGGGGUGAAGCGUACCCCAAUUUGGUGUGAAUAAUAGGGUUUUUCCAAAAAAAUGUGGAAUAGAAUCUUGUUGAUCCUCUACAUUAGACUGAUUCAAUCAACAACUAUCAAACGAAUGUCUCAUAAAUAUAAAUUAGAUUAGAGUUGAUUUAUUUCAUUCCAUUCUCAUUUUGUUGAUAAGAGAGUUUAAUUCCAGUGAUAAAAAUGUUUAAUUCUUGGAAAAAAUCACCCUUAUUGUGCAUAAUAAAAAUGUCAAUUUUCAAAUUUUAAGAUUCAGCCAAUAAAAUAUAAUUAUAAUAAUAAUGUAAAAUAUUAUGUAUAAAAUAAUAAAUUAUUUUUUUCUAAAA